AUGGCACCAAUUGCUAUCAGCCCUCCACCCAUUGUGGUGAAGUCGAUCAAUGAAAGUGGUCGGUCUGGAGUGGAACAGGUCGACACUUCGAGUCUUGGUACAAAACGCAAGAUCAUCUGCUUCUCAGACUUCGACGGAACAAUUUUCCUCCAGGACACUGGCCAUACUUUAUUCGACAACUUCGGAUGCGGUCCGGAACGCCGUGCUGUUCUGGCUGCUGAGCUCGAGUCUGGCGAAAGAAGCUUCAGGGAGGUCUCCAAUGAUCUCUAUGCUUCAUUGGAUGUCCCUUUCGAGGACGGCUUCGAAGUGAUGAAGACAGCCCUUGACAUCGAUCCUGACUUCAAGGUCUUUCACGAAUUCUGCAUUAACAACAAUAUACCCUUCAAUGUCAUUUCUGCUGGUCUGAAACCAAUACUCCGGCGGGUGCUCAACCACUUUCUAGGCGAGGAAGCAAGCAAGCACAUUGAAAUCGUUGCCAACGAUGCCGAUAUCUCCGCUGACGGAAGUGAAUGGAAAGCAGUCUGGAAGCACGACAGUGACCUUGGCCACGACAAAGCCCUCUCAAUCACUGAGUACCGUGAAGAAGCAAAAAUGCAGAGCGAGAACGGCACGAUCCCUAUGAUCGUCUUCAUUGGCGACGGCGUCUCGGACCUCCCCGCAGCCCGCGAAGCCGACGUCCUCUUCGCCCGUCGCGGUCUUCGCCUCGAAGAAUACUGCAUCGAGAACAAGCUCGCCCACAUUCCAUUCGACACUUUCGCCGACAUCCAAAAAGAAGUCACCAAGAUCGCUCGGUAUGACGAGGAGAAGACCCAUGGUCUCGGUUCGCCGAACAACUUCAACCCUCGUGCCGAUAUAUGGCGGAAGGCUAGCAGUAAAGCUGCUGCUUCGAUCUUUGCUGCGCUUAGCCCGCGGGAGGAGAAGAUGUUUAUUUGGCCGGAGACUUUCAUGCCGCGCACGCCUGGACUAAAGAGUCCUGCUGCUCCAGCUAUCAAGGAGGCGAGCGCAAUUGCCCCUGUGGCCGCUGUUAGAGCAUGA